UUUUUUUUUAAAUGCAAAGGAUAAGGAAAGAAGUGCUAGUUGAAGUGCUUCCUGAAUAAGUAGGUCUUCAACCGCCGCUUGAAAAUAGCCAGUGACUCGGCCUUAACUCCUUAAUUCUGUUUCUGUCAAAAGCUACAAAUGUAAUGUGUGGAGGUGAAGGUUGGAGUGAAGAACUGGAGUGUCCUGCACUGAGCCCUGACUGGAACUGGAGUCUCCUUGACAUCCCAACAUCAGAGUCUGAUCUCACUGAUGCUCUUGUAGCUGAAUGAUUCACACAAAACCCCACAGUUGUCUACAUCUAAUGGAAAACCUUCCAGAAGAGAAAAGUGGAGCUGAUUAUAACAGCAAAAGGCAGCAAAUCCAUUUUAAUGUCCACAUAAAGCACUUAUUAGUGUGAUAAUGUGUCCUUAUUCCUCUAACCCUGUAGUAUAAAUGUAUAAACGACAGGUUUAUUAACAUUUAUCUUUGUUUUGAUAUAGAAAAUGUGCAGAGACUGUUCUUCAAAACUUCUCUCCUUUCUACUCACGUCUUGGUUUGCUAACUGUGCAGUUCCUCAGAAUAUAUCUGUUCGAGAGGGAUUCACUGUUGUCCUGCCGUGUAAAUUUAAGGUCAUGUCUCUCCAGAGACUGUAUGUCGGGUGGCGCACGGAUCAAAAGGUGGUGUUUAUGCGUCUGGAUAACGACUCGUAUCAGGGUGAGGGAUACGAGGGUCGUGUGGACGUUCCUGAGGACGAGCUGCGUAAAGGGAACUGCUCUCUGGUGAUGAAGAACAUCAGUGUUACUGAUGCAGGAAUCUACAGGAGCUACCUGAAGAGGUUCACUCAGAGUGUAGAACUCUCAGUCGAUGAAACCCCAGAAAAGCCAUCUGUCUCAGGUGACGCAGGAGUGAACUCUCCUCAUCCGCUGGUCAUCAUCACAUCACUGCUCACCUUUUUACUCUUUCACGCCUGGAGUAAGGAGUUAAAGUCAUCACAGCCUCCUGUGUAGUGAAGACUCAGAUAUACACUGUAAAAAACACUGUAAACUUUUCACCUGGAGGAAAAUUCACCUUUCUGUUGAAAGUCUGCAGUGUUGAACCAUCGUGUCAUGAUCUAACAAACCAUCAGGAUCAGGAUCAGACAGAUAGCAGGAAAAACAGCUGAUUUAGAUAUCAGAGGAAAAAUCAGUGAACUAAUUCUGAUCCUGAAACAAAUGGAAAAGUUUGGAAUUGGAAUUAGAUUUUUAGAUGCUGUAAAUGUUUACAUCUGUUUCUUUAGUUAUUCAUAUUGGAUAGAUUCGUUUGGCUUUAUUAUGUGUAACAUUUAUACUAUUUACUGGUGUCGUUUCUAGAUUUUUAUUGGUUCCAGUAUUUUUUAAUGAACAUUUUAUAGCUUAGUAACUUUUUAUGAAAAAACAAAAAGCACAAAAAAUAAACAGUACAGAAUAUUUGCUGCUCUACAAAGUUUCAGUAACGUUAUAAAAAAGAUUAAAAGUUGUUUUGUGCCAAAUCUAAUAGAUGUAAACCCUCAUGUGAAAAAUCAUCACUAAUGUCCUCUGGCCACAUGUGUAACUGAAAGGGAAACCAAUGUUUCACUUUAAACAAAAAAACGAAAAAGAAAAGAAAUACUAGAUGUUUUUUGUAGGUUUUUUUAAAACUUUGAGCAUUUAGACCUUUCUUCUAUUCAAAAGGAAACAAAAAGAAAAACCAUUAGCCUGUCACUGUGUCAUUCAGGAAAUACAGGCUUCAUGAGCAUGACCUUAUAUUGAGCAGAAUCUUCCAUAAUGUGAAGUUAAUGGAGUUAGUUGUAGAUUUUGUCUACAUGUCUAUAUAAGGAGGAAUGUCUGUUGUAUUUAAAGCCUAUUUUCCUGACUGUUUUUUGAAAAUGACGCUCUAAAUGAGUAUCUCAAAAACUACAAGGUGUAUUUAAAUACUUCUGAUGAAAAAAUAAAGGUAACACAUGAGAUUGCUGCAAAUAAGUAUAUAUUCCAGAUCAGAGUAAGAGGAUGGAACACAGCAAAAAUAAAAAAAUAAAAUUUUCAUCUGACAUUUCACGACAUACAAAAAUUUUAGACCGUACAUCAAAAAUGUUGUUAAAUACUGUAUAUAUUAAAAACUCCAUGAAUCUAUUUUAUAACAUCUCACCAUUAACGAUUUAUUUAUCUAUCUGCAUCAGCGAUAUUUGAGAGAAGUUUUAGUAGUGGCACACACUCCUGUGCCAAGCGGUGUGUGUGUGUGUGUGUGUGUGUGUGUGUGUGUGUGUGUGUGUGUGUGUGUGUGUGUGUGUGUCAUUUAUACUGUUGACAUUUAUACUGUUGACAUUUAUACUGUUGACGCUCCUUUUUCCACCCCGGAUAUUAAACACUGUCUGUAGUCAGAACAAGUUCUUGGUUUCUGCAUUGAGUGCUUUUUGAACUGUCUUUUAUUAUUCAGUUCUUAAGUGUGUUGGUUUUAGUAGUGUCACACACUCAUGUGCCAAGUGGUGUGUGUGUGUGUGUGUGUGUGUGUGUGUGUGUGUGUUGGUUUUAGUAGUGUCACACACUCAUGUGCCAAGUGGUGUGUUUGUGUGUGUGUUGGUUUUAGUAGUGUCACACACUCAUGUGCCAAGUGGUGUGUGUGUGUGUGUGUUGGUUUUAGUAGUGUCACACACUCAUGUGCCAAGUGGUGUGUGUGUGUGUUGGUUUUAGUAGUGGCACACACUCACAUGUUGGCACACCCCUGUAUAUGAGUUUUCUCAGCUACUGAAUUAUAAAACCUCAUAUAAUUGAUUUAUAUGUCACUAUUUUGCACCCAAAUCUAACAGUUUUCAGUUUGUUUUUGACUCUCACCACCUCUAACUACACUACAGUGUGCAAUACUGUAUGCCAGUCUGUAUACUGUAUGCGCAUAGGGAGUGGAGUGUUUGACUUUGUUCAGUCACAAGCAGCUUCAGGAAGCACAAAGUCAUUUCUCCUGGAAUAUUUAUUCAUAUUUCUUUUAUUAUCUUGAAACACCAAAGGUAAGAGCACAAGUGGUGUCAUGGCUGCUUGGAUGUUUUGUGCUUUUGUCCUUGUUUUUCUGUGAAUAUUGGUCACACAGUGAUGAUCUUUAUACUAUUGGAUUUUGUAGAAUCUCAUAUUAUUUUGACUGAAGGCUGUGUUUGUGUCACGUAACAGAUGAUUACAGAUUAAAAGGUCCUACAGAUUACA